UGUCCUCCUCAUCCUCGGCUUCUUCCCCUCCAACAAUGGCAAUCCUUUUCGCCGCCCACUAUCUGCUUUUUUAAGCUUUUAUUUGCUUUUAGAUUUUUCUUCGUUGUUCUCCAACCAACAUGCCGGUGUUACAUAAAUCGAACAAAAAAAAAUCGUUUUUUCAAACCUCUCUACCCUAUCUCUCACGCUUAGUUUUUUCCGUAACUGCAUCUUUGUUUUUUUUUCUUCACCUCUACAAAACAAAUGCAUGAACUUCAGGAACACAUUCAUUAAAUAAAUAAAUUUCUCUAUAUCAUCUUUCUUGCCUUUUACUAUCCUCUUUAAACGUUGUUAUAUCAUGGUUCUUCCUUUUCACCAUCCUUUUUAUUUAGGGGGUUAGUGUGAACAAGCAACAAGGAAAGGGCUAUAACAACCUUACUAGAAUGAGCAAUAUGAGAUGUCAACACUGUGCAGGCCCUCUUUCGAAGGAUAUGGAAACAAGUGCUUGGACAAUUCCUCCUCUUAUUAGGGAUAGCUUCUCUAUGAUUGGCUCUGCUGUUGGUGGUACUGCUAGUGCUUUCUAUGGAUUUAACAAUGUGAUGCCUGUUGUCCAGAGAUCAGUGAAAGGGCCAAUGUGGUUGCAUUUUCUUAUUGGUGCUCCUCCUGUGAUUAUAUUUUCUUCGGCUUGUGCAGGAAUGACAGGUGGUGCAGUUCCAGCUUUGGCCCAACUUGUUGCUUCAUCUUAUCAUUCAUUAACAUCGUCUUCAGAGGAUGAUAAGACUCAGGAUUCAAGAUCUUCUUCCUUGUAGUGAUAAUGUAUACAGUGGGGAUUCUUAUAGUAUAGGUUUAUACAUACAAAUCUUAUAUUCCGCUUGAGGAUAAGACGAAAUUAUUUAUUUAUUUAUUUAUUUAUGUGUGCUACAUUUAUUUUCGUUGUGAGCUACAUGAUCUCGAGCUGUGAGUCUUUAGGUUUUGGCCUCUUAAAAUGAAAUGCAUGGUUCUUGUUAUA